CUUCCGCUCAAGAUGGCCGCUCAGCGGAGGAGUCUAAUGCAAACACAGCAGCAGAGCUGGACAGACGAUCUCCCAAUAUGCCACCUGUGUGGGGUGGGCACCGCAGCCAACUGUAUGUAUGGCUCAGAUGGCAAGAGUACGCAGAUGCACCCCUACGAAGACGGGCACUUCAGGUUCAGGAGUGAAGAUGGCUGCUUUCUUUACGGGGUUUUCAACGGCUUCGACGGGAGUAGGGUGGCCAAUUUUGUUGCCCAGCGCCUGCCUGCUGAGCUCCUGCUGGGACAGCUGAACUCCAAUAACUCAGAUGCGGAUGUCAGGAGAAUUCUACUGCAGGCUUUUGACGUUGUAGAAAAAAGUUACUUUGAGACUAUUGAUGAUGCUCUGGCAGAAAAGGCGAACCUGCAGUCACAGCUCCCUGAGGGGGUGCCGUUUCACCAGCUGUCUCCACAAAAUCAGAAGCUCUCUGAAAGGCUGGACUUGCUGAAGCAGGAGGUAUCAGGAGGAGCCACUGCGGUCGUGGCACUCAUCCUCAACCAGAAGCUCUACAUUGCUAACGUGGGCACCAACAGGGCUCUGCUAUGCAAGUCCUCCAUCGAUGGUCAGAACCAAGUGAUCCAGAUCGGCCAGGCUCACACCACGGAGAAUGAAGAUGAGAUCCAAAGGUUAUCCCAGCUAGGUCUCGAUGCACACAGGCUGCGCUCGACAGUGCUAGUGGCUGGCCAGACCAGCACUCGGAGGAUCGGGGACUACAGGGUCAAGUUUAAUUACACGGACUUUGAACUGCUGAGUGCAGCCAAGAAUAAACCGAUCAUAGCUGAGCCAGAGAUUCAUGGUGGCCAGUCCUUGGAGGGUGUGACAGGUUUUCUUCUGCUCCUGUCUGAGGGACUCAUUAAAGCUCUCGAGGCUGCGCAUGGUCCUGAACAGGCCAAUCAGGAAAUUGUGGCCAUAGUGGCAGCAGAGCUGGCCCAGCAGGGCAGCCUGGAGGCGGUGGCGCAGUCCGUGGUAGAGCGGGUGAAGCGAAUCCAUCACGACGCCUUUGCCAGUGGGCGCCAGCGAGCACAGCAGUGCUCUCGGCAUGAGGACAUGACGCUGCUGAUCCGCACACUCAACUACCCUCAGCCAGACACCGCCCUCACUCCCACCCAGGGGGGCCGUAUCUACCCCGUGUCAGUUCCCUAUUCCAACAGCCAGAGCACAAGCAAGACUAGCGUCACCCUCUCCCUAGUUAUGCCGUCACAGGGCACCCUCACAAACGGGACCAACACGGCCUCCACCCUGGAUGAAGGCACCCCCACUGGCCAGAGUCCCACGGCCACCCUGCAGUCCACCAACACCCACACGCAGAGCUCUAGCUCCAGCUCCGGAGACGGCAGCUUGUUCCGGCAGCGAGGCAGCCAGGCAGCUCAGCCGGACGAGACGGGCCGCGUGCCGCCCUACGUGGACUUCACCCAGUUCUACAAACUGUGGGGGGCCGAUCACAGCGACAGCCAGAACACCCAGGGUGGGCUGGGGCCACAGUGAAGCACUCCGUGGGUUGCUUGUGCUCUUGGUGGGAGGUGGCAGGUCAUAGUGAAAGAGGGAGAAUCAGGUGGGGAAAGGCCAACAUGAACAGUAUGAAUGGGGGAAUGAAGACGCAGAUUGGAAGAAUGAAUGAGUGUGGGGAGAAGCGAAUGUCAUGGAAAGCAAAGGGACCAUUCAUUCCAACCUCUCUUUCUCCAUCUCCUCCUUCCAUCUGGAGAAGCUGGGAGGGGAAGGCACCGUGUUCUUAGACUGGGGGUCUGACUGGGGCGACAGCAUUUCUUUCAACUUGAGCAAUGCUUUUUGUCUGUUUGCUGUGUGUAUAGCAUGUCUGCAGUGGAAAAUAAACCGGGAAAUGUCCUACAUUAUUUUUC